AUGGAGCCGGAUGCGGAUGCGGUCUCGCUGCCGUCCCAACAUCCAGCGGUGGUGGAUUCCCCACCUCCAGUGCUUCCCCCAUCCCACCCGUCGCUUCCUUUCCUGGGUACCGUCGGUCUGGAGGGUGCUCUGCCUACCGCUGGUGCUGGUGCCGUCUCCUACGGCUGCGGCAACGGUGCCGUUGGCAUGGUGAGCGAAGACAUCGCUGCUCCCGCUUGGGGCUACCCCGCUGCCGCUGGUUUGGGCUACGGACCCGGUCUCGCUGCCGGAAUCGGCUACGGUCCUGCUAUCGCUGGACGUGCCUUCGGUGGAUGUGGUUGCGGAAUCUACUAA